CUCUUCUGUCCUGCAAUACAGAGGAAAUGCCAAACGGGUGCAGCGUUUCAAAGAGUUUCACAUUCAGCUUUGCUUUUAGAUCGAUUGCCGUACCUUAAAGUUUCCUGUUUGUGAUCAGGCUUUGUUCCUCAAAAUCAAAAGUAAACUCCACCAGAGACAGACAAGCUACAGCAGGCGUGUUACCAGGCUGAGCAAAAUUUGGAAAUUAAAUAAGAACCGAAACUGUAACGUGCACUGUGGAGGUGUAGCUGUUAGUUUCGUUUCCAGCUUGAUGUGAUCCGACCAACGCAGUAGAACACAAGACUUUGAACUCAAGGGAUGGCUGCAAGUGUGUUAAUAAAAGUCCUUGUCAGUGUUGGGAUCUUUUUUCAUGGCUGUCAGUCAGAUGUGAGAUGCAGGAAUGACCAUGGAGUCGAGGUUGACUGGUACAUCCUAUACAAGCUGCGUAAUACACAAAAGGAUGGCUCGUCAUAUUUAUACAUGGAUGAGAACACCAACGGUUGGACAGUCAGCAAUCAGAAAAUUGACAGCAGAUCUGGCUGUUUGGGGUGGACACUGAAGCCACUGCUUGACUUUUAUGUCAAACAGACUGAAGGUUUUGGAUACUUGCUCUACAACGAUCAACCUCCAAAUCCAUAUGUUGCUCCUAAAUCAUUUGGCCACAGUAAAGGGGUUGUGAUGUUGGACAGACAAACUGGAGUUUGGCUCUCACACAGUACACCAAGAUUUCCAACUUAUCGUAGUCAAAAUUUCUGGCCAGAAAGUGGAAACGCAAACGCUCAAGCGUUUAUGUGCAUCACGUUCCCCUACGCUCAGUUUGAAGCAAUAGGGCUGCAGCUGAAGUACAUCCAUGCUUAUUCUUUUGACUCUCAUGUGCCACAAGUGUUCCACAUGGAGCUGCAAUGCGUUGCACAACGAAGUUGUUACCCAAAAAAGGAACCCUGGUUCAAAGUAGCAAACUUAAAAUCCAUGGGGGGUCACAGCUUCCUCAGUUUUGCAAAAUACACACGCUUUAAGGAUGAUCUUUAUUCUGGACUCAUAACCAAUACACUGCCAUCCAAUCUCUAUGUCAAGAGUUGGGGGAAGAUGCACGAUUCCUUGGCCUCCAACUGCAGCUCCAGCAUCCCUCAUCAUGUCUACAACGUGAAAACAGUGAAGUUACUGAAGCGUGACUUCAAUGACACGGUUGAUCACUCCAAAUGGUGCGUGACCUCAGAUGAAAACUGGACCUGUGUGGCUGAUAUGAACAGGGAGACGAGUCAGAUGGGCAGAGGUGGGGGCGCCUUGUGCAUGGACAGCUACGAAGUGGCGAAGGCUUUCAGGUCAACGAUCUCUGCGUAUGAACCUUGUCAAACCCUUUCUACUGCUUCUAAGAGAGAACUGUGAGAUGAUGUGAAAACCCUUUUUUGCUAUUUUAGAUUUGAUCAAGCUGUCAGAAUGUCUUAAAAUACGAUAGAGUGGGAUUUCAUCAUCAUCAGUUGCUGAACUACUUCCUGUUUGACAAGCACAAGAGAUAAAGCUCAUCUCAUAUUAGGAGUUUGUGCUUUUGAUUUGCUAAAUUAAGACCUCAUAGAUUGAUAAUAAUAAUGAUAAUAAUAAUAAUAAUAAUAAUAAUAAUAAUAAUAAUAAUAAUAAUAAUAGUAAUAAUA